AUACUCUGUUCAUGGUCCCAAGCAUGAAGAAUCGAUAAUGAACCUAAUUCAGAAGGAAGUGGAGAAAUGUGACUCUCUGAGUGGUUUUUUCAUCAUAAUGAGCAUGGCUGGGGGCACAGGAUCAGGGCUAGGAGCUUUCGUUACCCAAAAUUUACGAGAUCAGUACUCAAACUCUUUGAAAAUGAAUCAGAUUAUAUAGCCUUAUGGAACUGGAGAGGUUAUUGUUCAGAACUACAACUCCAUUUUGACUCUUUCUCACUUGUAUCGAUCUUCAGACGCCCUCCUUGUUCAUGAGAAUGAUGCUGUUCAUAAGAUCUGUGCAAAACUGAUGAAUAUCAAACAAAUUUCCUUUGGCGAUAUGAAUCAAGUCCUUGCACAUCAGCUAGGAAGUGUUUUCCAGCCUACUUACUCUGCAGAAGGCUCAUUUCACUACAGAAGAAAUCCUUUAGGAGACCUAAUGGAGAAUUUAGUUCCCCAUCCUGAAUUCAAAAUGUUGAGUAUUCGAAACAUUCCUCAAAUGUCUGAGAACUCACUGGCAUACAGCACAUUUACUUGGGCUGGCCUCCUCAAGCAUUUGAGACAGAUGCUCAUUUCUAAUGCGAAAAUGGAAGAAGGGAUCUAUUGGCAGAUACGGCCUCCUUUAUCAGGACUUCCUGCUCUUGGUAAAAUACCUCUGAACAAGGAGCUUCAUUUUAACACUUCCAUUGCUAACUUGGUCAUCCUUCGAGGGAAAGAUAUGCAAAGUGCAGAUCUGGGUGGAUUUAAAGAUCCAGCUCUCUAUACUUCUUGGUUAGACCCUGUUAAUGCUUUCAAUGUAUGGAAAACCCAGCGAGCCUUCAGCAAAUAUGAGAAGUCUGCAGCAUUGGUCAGCAAUAGCCAGUUCUUAGUAAAAUCACUUGAUACGAUUGUGGGCAAAGCAUGGAAUAUGUUUGCGUCAAAGGCCUACAUUCAUCAGUACACAAAAUUUGGAAUUGAAGAAGAGGACUUUUUGUACAGCUUCACAUUGUUAGAGCAGGUUGUUGCCAGUUAUUGCAACCUCUGAUUUUGAACAAUGGGAAAAAAGUACCUUAAGGCGCUUUUGGACUAAAAUAUUUUCAAUAAUGCUUUUUCUGUAAAGUUUUCAAAGUCCUAGCUGUUAAAGGACUUUGCUGUUAAAGUAACAAAGUGGAAUGCUGAUUCUAUUCUGCAUACUAUUCUGUUUAAACUGGAGAUUAGCAUGUUUUCAAUGAAAACAUCUUCUACUUGGUAUUUCAUUUGUAAGAAAA